GCAGGAAUAAAUAGGUGAGACGGUCGGCUGCUCCCGGAUGUUUUCACGUCCAUGAGUGACACAGUUAUUAGUUGUUAUAAGUGAAUGAGAAGCAGCGACGUUCAGAUGAUCAUGCUCUCCACCCCCCCGGGGAAUCUCGUGUCAGGGGAGGAGGGGCGCACUGGGAGACCCGGGCCCGGGACCGGGUCCGGGUCCGGGUCCGGGUCCCGGCCGGGGAUCGCGGUCCUCGCGUCCGUGCUCGGCUCCGCCGUGGCCGUGGCCGCCCUGGGCUGCGUGUGCGCGCUCGCGUACCCGAUCUUGAAAGAGCUGCGGGCGGAGACGGUGAAGAGAGAAGAUGGGACUGAAGAGAGGAUGCUCGGAUCCUGGAGCAUCUGGAUGCUGGCGGCGCUGGGAGGAUUUAUCUGCAGCAUGUCGUCGUGGACUCUGGUCCACCUGGACUCAGACCAGCCGGGGACGGAGCUCCCAGCAUCCCCGGCGCUGCCCGGCUUCAGGGACGGCUCUGGCGGCGCCGUCAGCCUGAACGCUGGGGUGGCUGCUCUCAACGGGGUCGUGGCCGCGCUCACCGUCAUCUGGAGCCUGUCCUGAUUCCUGACCUGCAGAUGCACCGCUGCGUCGCCGUGACAACGGUGAUGCGUCAGGACGACGCUGGUAGCUCCAGAACGAUACCGACCUUCUGUUCUGCUUUUAUCUGAAGCACAACGUCAUCCAAUAUUACAGACUUCCUAAUAAAGAUGACAUAGACCGGGGGUCGGCAAACCGCGGCUCUAGAGCUGCAUGCGGCUCUUUAGCGCCGCAAUAGUGGCUCCUGGAGCUUUUUCAAAAAUGUUUGACCUUUUUUUUCUUUUCUUUUUUCCUUUUUUAAUCUCGACAUUUCGACUUUUUUCUCGAAAUUUCGACUUUUUUUGACAUUUUGACUUUUUUCUCGACAUUUACUUUUUUCCUCGACAUUUCGACUUUUUUCUCAACAUUUCGAAUUUUUCACGAAAUUUUGACUUUUUUCUCAACAUUUCGACUUUUUUCUCGACAUUUCGACUUUUUUCUCGACAUUGACUUCGACUUUUUUUACGAAAU